AUGGGGCCCGGCUCGGGGGUAGAAGGGGCAGGAGAAGCCCAUACGGUUCCACCCCACGUGGUGGCCUGGGCGGAUGCCUCCCUCGACUGGGCUUGGAAACGACUCACGGCCAGCGAACUUCUGGUGCGUGAAAUUGCUCAGGACUUCAAGACAGAUCUGCGCUUCCAGAGGGCAGCUAUUGGCGCUUUGCAGGAGGCAAGUGAAGCCUUUCUGAUUGGCCUAUUUGAGAACACCAACCUAUGUGCUAUCCACGCCAGAUGUGUCACAAUCAUGCCAAAAGAUAUCCAGCUAGCACGCCGCAUGCAUGGAGAACGUGCUUAA